AUGGCUACUGCACUGCUACCAUUUCCGUCAUUCCCAGUACAUGAUGAAAGCACCUCCAUAGGGCCAAGAUGGACAAAAUGGGUGAAGCGUUUUGAGACAUAUUUGGUUGCCCAGGGAAUCACUGAUGAUAAGAGAAAGCGUGCCUUACUAUUAUAUUCAGCUGGGGAUGAGGUAGCAGAUAUUUUUGAUACCUUACCAGAUACUGGUGAUGAAUUCAAGGAAGCUCUAGAAGCACUGUAUAAAUACUUUGUACCCAAAGUAAAUAAAGCAUACGAAGUUUAUGUAUUCCGAAAUGCAUCACAGAAACCCUGUGAAACAUUAGACAGUUAUAACACACGUUUGGAACAACUUGCAAAGACAUGCACAUUUCAUAAUGAAGAUGAAGAGAUCAAGUCACAAAUAGUACUAUCUACAACAUCAGCAAGGCUGAGAAGGAGAGCACUCAGAGAAAAUUUGUCAUUAAAAGACAUUCUUGAUGCAGGUCGUGCUUUUGAAAUAUCAGAACGUCAAGCAAAAGGCAUAGAGGACACUGAUAGGGUAGAUCAUAUUUCUGAAAUUAAGCACGUGUCUAAGAAAUUUAAUAGGAAUAGAAAAAAAACAUGGCUGAAUUCAAAAUCAGGAGAGAGGUCAGGUCAAAGUCAGUUCAAAGGUCCAACUGGAAAUGAUAUUAGUAAGUCUUGCUUCAGAUGUGGUGGCAUAUACCCACACAAAGAUACUCCAUGUCCAGCACGCGGCAAAGCAUGCAAAAAGUUUCAGAAAAUUGGACAUUUUGCAAAAGUAUGUAGGAGCAAUAAUAUACAGCGAGCAAAAGCAAUUGACGUCCACAAAGAUAAUUCUACAGUUAACCAACAGUUGACUGAGAAUUUCUGUGUAGUUAAAGGCACAGGAGGAAACUUGUUAGGGUGUGAAACAGUAGUGAAUCUUGGAUUGCUACGCAUCGUGAAUAAUGUACAUUCUACAACACCUGUACCGACAGUUGGGAAAAUAGUUAAUGAUUUCGUGGAUCGUUUUGAGGGCAUUGGAAAGAUGAAACAUGUUAAAGCAAAUUUACAUAUUGAUAAAUCAGUUAAACCAGUCGCUCAACAGCAUCGUCGUGUUCCAUUCCACGUUCGAGGUAAAGUAGAGAAAGAAUUACAGAAAUUGGAAGAGUUAGACAUAAUAGAAAAAGCUGUAGGUGCAACACCGUGGGUUUCCCCGAUUGUUGUUGUGUCAAAGAAAGAAAAUAUUCGUAUUUGUGUUGACAUGAGAGCUCCAAAUACAGCUAUAGAAAGAGAACGUCACCCGAUACCGACAAUAGAAGACCUGAUAGUAUAUUUAAAUGGUGCUACAGUGUUCACCAAAAUAGAUUUCAGCAAGGGAUAUCAUCAAAUAGAACUGGAUCCUGAUUCAAGUCACAUAACCACAUUUGCCAUACACUAA